CCAAAACAUGCAAGAGUUAAGAGGGUAACCAAAAUCAGUUAUGGGUUAUAUACUCUUGUCCCUCCUCCUUGUAAUAGCUCAAUCAAGAACAACCACAACACAUGGCAGUGAAGAAGCUUCAACACAUAGUAGUUAUAGCAGUGACUCUCUGAAUCGCACCAGUUUUCCACCCAGUUUUACCUUUGGCACAGCCUCUUCUGCGUAUCAGUACGAAGGUGCAGCAAAUGAAGGUGGUAGAGGUCCUAGCAUAUGGGAUACCUUCACGCAUAGAUAUCCAGGUAAAAUACAAGAUGGUAGUAAUGGAGAUGUGGCUAUUGAUUCUUAUCAUCGUUACAAGGGAGAUGUAAAGAUCAUGAAAGAAAUGGGUCUAGAUGCUUACAGAUUCUCUAUCUCAUGGUCCAGAGUAUUACCACGUGGAAAGCUAAGUGGUGGAGUGAACAAGGAAGGAAUCAAAUAUUACAACAACCUUAUAGAUGAGCUCUUGGGAAAAGGUAUAAAGCCUUUUGUGACCCUUUUCCAUUGGGAUCUUCCCCAAGCAUUGGAAGAUGAGUAUGGGGGUUUCUUAAGUCCAAAAAUUGUGGAUGAUUUCAAAGGCUUUGCAGAACUUUGCUUCAAAGAAUUUGGUGAUAGGGUGAAGCACUGGAUCACCUUGAAUGAGCCGUGGUCAUAUAGCAUGAGUGGGUACGCAGUUGGUAGCUCUGCACCAGGUCGAUGCUCUUCAUGGCUACAAUUAAAUUGUACUGGUGGGGAUUCAAGCACUGAGCCAUAUAUUGUAUCACACCACGAACUUCUCGCUCAUGCAACUGCAGUAAAUUUGUACAAGCGAAAGUAUCAGACAUCACAAAAAGGAAAGAUUGGAAUUACACUCAUAUCACAUUGGAUGGUACCUUUCUCAGAAGAAAGACAAGACCGUACUGCUGCACUAAGGGCCCUCGAUUUUAUGUUAGGAUGGUUUAUGGACCCUCUAACAGCCGGUGACUAUCCACAUACAAUGCGAACUCUUGUGGGAAAACGACUUCCUAAGUUCUCCAAAGAACAGUCCAAGAUGUUAAAAGGAUCAUUUGAUUUUCUCGGACUGAACUAUUACACCGCUAAUUAUGCAGCAUAUGCACCAAACUCCAAUAGUGUAAAUGCCAGUUUUUUAACAGAUUCUCAGGUUAACCUUACAACUAAGCGGAAUGGGGUUCCUAUCGGUGCUAUGGCUGCUUCAACUUGGCUUUUUGUUUAUCCAAGAGGCAUUUAUGAUAUUCUUCUCUACGUGAAGAAAAAAUAUAAUAAUCCUCUUAUUUAUAUCACGGAGAAUGGUAAUAGAAGUAGUAGGACUGAAUCACAACCACAAAAAUUUCCUUCUUUUCUAAUUCCAUGGCAUUGA